UUCAAGUUCGGUCAACUGAGUGUAAGAAAUUCAAGGUUAAGAGAUUUUCACUUCUGGACAUUCUGAGGGAUAUGGAGGGUCAUAAGGUGCUUCGUAGAGGAACUUAAUUUGGAAAAGAAAAACCGACUUUGAAGGAAGAAAAUGGAAGAUUUUACACUACAUGGACUACUGAAUCAUCAUCAUUCAGCAGUAUAUAGACUCGUGAUGUCUUGCACAUAGGAGCCAUGAGUUUGUUGUACCCUUGUUUGUGAAAAUAGCAAAACCAAUGUUAAGAAAAAGAUUUAUUUGAUGACAACUGCAUUUUCUCACCUAGAAUACUGGCUAAAGAAAAUCUUAUUUUUCAUGUAGGAGGAGGCUAAAAUGGAUUGGGAUGCCAAAGAGCCCGAUGAGCUUGAGCUUCAGUCUUUUUCAUCUGCAAGUUUUUCGGAUCAUGAAAUUAGCGCAGAGCCUCCCAUUGACAAUGUCAAAGAAGGGACUCCGCCUGGAAAUCAAAAUCAGACGAUGGAGCAAGAGUCGAACCCUUUGAGUCUUGAUGAACGUGGAAAGCAAAAUCAAACGAUGGAGCAAGACUUGAACUCUUUACGUCUUGACAAACUUGGAAAGCAAAAUCAGACGACGGAGCAAGACUCGAACCCUUUAAGUCUUGACGAACUUGCUCCACCAAGAACAUUUUGUGAUCGGUUCAAGACAUGCUUAGUGAGCAUAUUGGAAUGUAUCUGCGACAGCAAUCUUUCCUAGUAGUUAAGCUGAAUUCUUUGGAGUUUGAAAUGGAAAAAGCAUUAAGGUUAAUUCGGAAUUCGUGGACAUGGAAGGCUUAGUCAAGUCUCGUCAUUUGGUUGAUUGAAGAGCCAAGUGAUGGCUUCAAAAGAUAACUUUCAGACUCCUCUUGAUCAAACUCAAAGGCAACAGCAGUUGAGGGACUGAAUGUUCCAGAAACAAGAACUCAGAUUGCAUAGCAAUUUCUUCAAUCUUGGUCGGCAUGUGAUAAACCAACGGACACACUGACAGGCUGCUAAUUGGUGUUGGCAUUGUCAGGCAAUGAUUAGGUGGCUGGUUGGCAGUAAUCUCUAUAAACAUUCAUUGGCCAAGGUUUAAUAGAAGUUGCUUGAUAUUGGAGGCAGCGAGUUUCUAAAAAUGGACUUGGUGCAUUUUGUAAUAAAAGUUUCAUCAUCUAGUAUGCACUUUUUAUUGAUAAGGGAAUCCUUUCUC